GUGCAGAGUUUAUUUGGCUAUAGGGGAGACCAGGGCUAGUUGUCACACAGGGAAGAUAAAAAAGGUUUCCUGUGAUUUCUGUCCUCCAUAAUAAAUACUUACCAGGAAUAAGUUCACAGGACAAGGGUAUUUUUGGCACUGAGCUGAGUGUUGACGUCAGGCUGUUGAUGCAGAUAGACGCUGAGAAGCUUCACUGAGCACUUCAUUCGAGUCUACAGUUCCUUCAGAGGGACUCACGUGUGUCACCAUAAACCACUAACACCAAAUAGAAAAGUAUUUUGAUAUUCUCCGAAGGAUUCAUCCUGCAUCAUUUCAUUCAGGACUGGAUUACGUGUUAAAUCCUAAACUGGGAUUCCGUCUAAUUUUGUUCGUCGGAAGAUGCGUGGCUGUGGAUCGCAGAUUGAGGACUUUCGCGGAAUUAAACGAGCUUUAAGUCACUGCAAACGCGAGUCGCAAGAACUGGAAGAACUGACCGACCAGUUAGUUGAAACGCAUCGAUAUGUGUAGAUGUUUCCCCUGUGAACUGCCCAUCAACUUUGAGCACUUGACUCACCUGCUCUCAAACACUGUGGUCCCAGCUCCAACACAGGAUACAUUUUUAAUGUGGUGAUACCAAAAGCGUUCCUAUGACCUAAGCAUCCCUUUAGCCCCUCGGUCCCCUCCCAGUGGCAGCAGCAGCAGGGAAUAAGGGAUGUCACAAGUAUUCCUCCUUCUGAUCCUGCUCAAUUUCUCAUCCUGCAUCCAGGUGUCCACGGCUGUAUCCCUCAAAACUUUGAUGGCAAGAUGGAUGAUGUACCGAGAUGAAUGUUUUCGAAAUAUUACUCGAGAACUCCCACUGACAGGUGUUGUGUGCAAUAGAACGUUUGAUAAGUAUGCCUGCUGGCCGGAUGGGCUGCCCAAUACCACAGUGGGUGUGGCCUGCCCCUGGUACCUACCCUGGCACAGAGAAGUCCGACAUGGCCUGGUGUAUGUGGAAUGUGAUGCAGAUGGACAGUGGAGUAAGCAGAAGAAUGUCAGUGAAUGUGUAUCACGAGACCCCACCCAAAUCAACAUGCAACACUAUGGAAGGAUCCUCAGUCAAUUCCGCACCAUGUACACUGUUGGAUAUUCUCUGUCUCUUGGGGCGCUGGUGCUGGCGUUGGGGAUCCUGGUGGCCUUUAGGAAGCUGCACUGCAUGAGAAACAACAUCCACAUGAACCUGUUUGCCUCCUUCAUCCUGCGAGCCUCCUCUAUUCUUAUCAAAGAUGCCAUGCUGGAGAGACCAGACACCUUUCAUGUUGGUCAGGACAUCACCACUGAACUGGAGGUGGAGUGGCUGGUUAAAAAUGAGACGGCUGUCGGCUGCCGAGUAGCUGUGGUGAUGAUGCAAUACAGCAUCCUAGCUAACAGCUAUUGGCUGCUGGUGGAGGGAAUUUAUCUGCACAGCCUGCUGGUGGUCACAGUGCUGACAGAGAGGAAUUACUUCAGCAUCUACCUGUGCAUUGGCUGGGGUGCUCCUUUGAUAUUCGUGUUCCCGUGGGUGAUUGUGAAGUACUUGUAUGAGAAUGAAGAAUGCUGGGUGCAGAACAUACACAUGGAGUACUGGUGGAUUAUUCGUUCUCCAAUCUUACUGGCUGUCCUGAUUAACUUCUUCAUCUUCAUGCACAUCAUUAAGAUCCUUGUGUCCAAACUGAGGGCACAUCAAAUGAGAUAUUCUGACUACAAGUUCCGGCUUGCUAAGUCCACCCUUACCCUGAUUCCGUUACUGGGGAUCCAUUCGGUCCUGUUUUCAUUUGUUACUGAUGAGUCUACCUCACAUGGUGCUCUACCACUGCGCCUCACAAAGCUUUUCAUUGACCUCUUCUUCAACUCCUUUCAGGGGCUGCUGGUUGCAAUCUUAUAUUGCUUUGUAAACAAAGAGGUUCAGUCUGAGAUUCUAAAGAAGUGGAGACGUUGGAAGCUUGGGAGGGACAUUGAAGAAGAGUACCGCCACACUUACAGCCAGACCUUGCAGAUGAAGAGUGGCAGCAUCAUGGUCCAUCCACCCAAUCUGCCCCGACUGCCCGAUAUUGCAACCACAACCUCGACGCUCUACAGUCCAGAAGAGAAGCAGAUGUUGGUGUCCAGCAGCCAGAAUGGUAUAGAAGCUGGGCAAGGAUGCCUGCAAUUCACCACUACGCCACAAGAUGGCUCCACCUGCAGUUCGCUAACAGAGAAUCCAGUGGGAGCUGACAGGGCACGGCGUUAUAGCAUUUCAAAGGACAAUGCUGAGAGCAACCUGUGAGUUGGAGGAAACGUGUCUCAGCGGCAAUCCUUAGCUUGAUCACUCUCGCUUCUUCAAGACGAGGAACCAGAACCGUUGGUCCUAGCUGGAGCGAAAGGUGUGUAUGUGUCAAACAGUGCCUGGAUGAGUAUGUGAGAACACCUGCUGUCUCUAAAGCUCAGCAGGCAACUCAUGAUGGACAUUUGAUAAUGACAACUCAUGAUGGACUCAUGAAGGAUCAGUAAUACUAAAAGGUGGACAUACCUUAAGGAAUUGCACAAGUGUACAUGCUAAAAAAACAUGAGUCUUACCUCUUGUCUGGUAUAGCUGUGUAUUAUGUUGGUGGUUCAAUACAGGAGACCCAUCUGGACAAAUACACACACCAAAAAAAAAAUAAUAAUUAUGCAGGGGACCAAAAGGAACCAUCAUGACCAUACAUCUACAAUGUCUCAGAAUGGAUGGACUAUAAGAAGAGACACACUUAACUGAACUUAAAUAAACUGGUUUAUGCAUUCCAGAUAGUAUUAUUGAGGGUAAAGAGAAACCAACAGGUUCUUGUCUUUAUAGCCAUCUUCUCUAUAACCCAUCCCUUCAUACUCUUUAUGGAAACAAUUGAUGCUUUUUGGUACAUGUAACAAGUAAGGGGGCGUUCACACAGGAUGCAUUGACAAGCUAGAUGGAAUGGAAUGUAUUAGAGUGCAAUAGUGCCCACCCACUUUUUCAGCUGUCUUGGUUCCGGAAGUUGAAAUAACGCAGACUGUUGGCUUAAUCAGAAGCAUAUACCAUUGAUUGACAACCUCUUAGCUCACUGUAGGUCUUUCUUUAAAGGUUUAUAAAUUAUCAUUAAAAAUCAAUUCCCCUAUGGAAAAAUGUAUGGGAUAUUUACUCCCGGAACCAGACUGUUGCGCUCUAUUGAACAGAAGGCGUGUUUAUAGGUGCAUUAACUCAUAUAGGUUUAUAGGUGCAUCAUUGCUGAUGUACACAUUCAAUAUGUAAGAGUUGCUUAUCCCAUCCCUAGACUGAUCUGAUUGGUCUGUUAUCCAUUGUUGUAAAACUUACAUUGAUCCAUAAUUUAACUUGUAAAACUUUACAAUGUAGUGCUCAUGGCGCAUAGUGCUAAAAAAAACCAAAAGACGUUUGUCUGGCAAAUACAAUAAAUCUCAAAUGGAAUGCAAGAACAUGUCCUGUGUGAACUGGCCCUAAAGCUGUUUGUUUAGUUGAAUUAAAACCAUUUUGACCUGGUUAGAAAUGAUUGUCAAGGCAAGAACGAAUCAAACAGUACUUCUUCUGUAGGUGAUAGACCCAAAUAUUACAAAAACACAAAGAUUAUGCAGUACAACACAAUUCAAGUCUAGUACAAAUCCAUUAGUCUCACUCAUAUAAUUCAGAGGUGAAAGUUGCUUAAGGCAAAUUCUGUACUCUGAGCAUGAGUUCAAGCACAAGUUAUGUGAAUGUGCCACUAUUAAUCAAGAUGAUGUGCUCCCUUCAAGGAAACAUGCUCAGUAUACUCAAGCAUGUAAAAAAUACCCAUAUGUAAAAGGCUUUAAUUAAAGGGUCUAAGUCAAUUAACCCGUUUACAAGCACUUAAUAAACUGGCUUAUUCCAGGCUUUUUGCAGAAAUCUGCAUUCUGAAACGCCAUGUAAACGUAAAUGCAGUUUUCUUUAAGCCAUUUAAGGGAUUAAGAGAAAGCAGUUUAAUACACAUAGGUUUCUGGUGUCCAUGUAAACAAGCUCAAUGCCUUAAUGGAGUUGCAUGCCAGAUAUGGGUCCCAUGUCGCUGGUCAAAGCAUAUGACUUUCCACCAGACAUGUUGAUAACAGUCAGUAUUAGUUAGCUACCUGUUUUGCAUGUUUCUUAUCUCCUGAUAGGCAGUUUAAUUCUUUGGCAUAUAUCUUUGAAAGAAGUUCAUGAAGCGUAGGAGUAUCUGCAAGGAAGACAGGCAGCAGCAAUGAGAACAUUUUGAACAAAUUGCAACCUAAGACAUUGAUCAAAGCGAUUCCUCGCUCAAAGGAUGUUUUCAUGCUCAGUUCAACAUAUAAUUGCUUUAAAAAUGCAUAAUCGCACCACUGAAAUGAUUUUGCAGUAGAGUUUAAAGGUGAAGUGUGUAAAUUCUGCACUACUAGUGGGACCAAACAGAAAAUAAAUGGAAAGUUAAAUUUAGUUAUUUUUGCUAAUCUGUUUGGAGCCGCCAGUGGCAUAGAAAUCAACAACCUGGUCUCAUUGAAUCAAGUUAUACCUACACACCCCCUCCCCCCUGCGUAUAGGGAACCAUGAAAUAUCAUUUUGCAAAAAUAUUGCCACAGUCAUGUCAUUUUCAUGAGAUCAGCCUGGAAAUUACACAUUUCUCUUUUGACGACAAUGAGCAGCUGAUGCCCUAUAUUGUGUGUUUGUGUGCAUAAAAGAUGCACAUUUAUAAUAUUUUCUUUGGAUCAUCAAACACAUGAUGAUCAUGAUGAUAAUGAUUAUUGCAAAUAACUGUGGGGGGCAAUUUGCACAAUUUUAAUUUAUAUUUGUCAGAUAUGUAUAUAUCAGUAUAUGCCUGUUGAGAUUUGUAAUGACUUUGUUUUGUGAUGUGUGUAUUUUGUGCUUGUGUGCUUCAUGGAGAGUGAGAGAAUCCUUACGGUCCUGGUUUAAAGUUUAUCAGUUUAAAAGAGAAAUUGACCAAUUUUGCCUUUUCUGUGAAGCAGACAGAGAUAAAUUUGUGUUAAAGGUAAGGUAUAGGUGGCUAUUUUGUAAUAAUUGCAGGUGAAAGACUCUUACGAAGAACAUGCAACACAUUUUUUUCCAAAAAAGGAAAUUCUUUAUCGCAACAAGGGAUCAAAGGACAUGAACUUGUGAACUUGCCCGCUUCUGCCUGUCAGCAGGGGAUUGUGCUGUAGCACGCACUCUUAAAGGCACCACUGCCUAAAUCUCCCUUCGACCAAAAGAUUUGUGAAAGGCGCCUUUAGAUUUGUGAACGAAAGGGGCAGGGGCUUGCACCCCUGUAGCCCCCCGUUCUGUGCACGUCAGUGAUCCCAGGGAUACAAGAGCCAAGCUUUUGUAGUAGCAGAUGUUAACAUGUAACAUGAGAUGCAUUUGGUGAAUUAAUAUAUAUAUAUAAUAUAUAUAUAUAUGUAUGUAUUUUUUUUUUUUUUUUUUUUUUUAAGCAUCAGAAAAUAUAAGACGUUGAUAACUACCAAUAGUUCACCCAAAAAUUUAAAUGUAAUCAUUUACUCAUUCUCAUGUCUUUUCUACUACAAAAUUAAACACAAACACAUGUUUGGAAGAAUGUCCAAGCUUCUAUUUCAUAUACCUUGAAAGUGGAUGGAGAUUUAUACCGCCAAGCAUUGAAAAGAAAAAAAAAACACCAUAAACAGGGCAGUCUCAUGAUGAGGAUUUCACUGCAGUGACUUCUUCAUCAUGCACCAUUCUUACCUCAGUUCAAAUGAUUCUAUAGGCUCUGCAAUCUUUGGUUUUAUCGCACAUGUUUUACUGCUUUAUGUUUCAUUAUACUUAUAAAUAGGGAUGUACCCAAAGCCAAAAAACCUUAUUCAGAAAGGCAAUAAUAAUGACUUCAAAAUGAAUAAUGAAUUCUACCGAAUAAUAGAAAAAAUAUUCAUUAGACUGAAUAUCCAACAACAAGCACAAGAAUAGACUUAUAUUUUAAAUAAACAUAUGCAAAAUGACAAUGUGAUAUCUCAAGUUUAAAUCAGAUGGCCGCGAUGCAGUCUCUGUUUAUUCUGCGUGUCUCAGAAAUGUGAAGUUGUCAAGAGUAACAUUGACUAAGAUACUAUAUCAUACACAUUUUCCACUUUUUGACAUGUCUGUGUUUAUGUUUAAAACCUUUCGAGUGAGAACAUGCAUCUGUAUCUCUGUCGCUCCUCAAGCAGGCAAGCCGGAAGUGUGUGUGAUGUGAGGGAGGGAUGGAUGAAGUGAUUUCUUUAUAAAACAAUGCGAACGCAAGCCACCUGCAAAGAACAGGCACGAACUGUUGUGUAGGGCUGGGAUAUCAUUGCAAUGAUUUCACUGGUGAUCUAAAAUGAAGCAAUACUGUGAAUAUCGCAAUGAUUUGAAUGCACUUUUUAACUGGCUACUUGAUUUUCUAAAGAGCGCAUCAUUAGACUAAUUUCACAAUCCUUCAGGGCUGCACAAUCAAAAUAACAUCAAAAUUGUGGUAUAGUUAUAUGUGAUUAUUACACCGCAAAAAGAUGAGAAAUUAAUAGCCUACAUGGUCUAUGUGCACCUCAGAGUGAAUAAAUAAUAAUAAUAUUAGUAAUAAUAAUAAUAUUGAUAAAAGAAGAAAUAUUUGUAGAACUACAGUAUAUGUCAUAUUUGCUCUAUGGAACAAUGAAUAGAAUAGUUACAUUUGAAAAUGGGCUUUUCAUUUAUGUUUGAGGCACUUCCGGUUUAAGCCCCGCCCACAUCCGGUUAUAUCUGAAUACAGAUUAUUUGGCAAACGAUACAGAUACAGAUAGUGGCUUCGCUGUUCACCCCUACUUAUAAAUAUAUUAGUUACAUUAUCAUAUCAAUAUAAAACAUGCAUCUGGCUGGUAAAUGUAGUCACAACACUGUAAUUUUAAGAUAUUUUUGAACACAUAACCCCACCCCUACACCUAAAACUAACCAACCAUAUAUAACAACAAUAUAAUAAACCAACAAUAAAGACAUAACAAGCAGAUAAAAGUACAGUUCAAACGACUUGUGCUGCAUUUAAAGUCCUCUGAAAUCAUAUAAUAGCUCCAGAGGAAAACUGAAGUUUAAUCUCUGAACAUCUUCCUCUCGCUGAAGGCAGCUGCAUCUCAUUAAAAAAAAUAUAAACAUUAGCAUUUUGCAAUCUAUCAUAAGUUAGGAGAGCCAAUGCCAUUUCACAUCACUGAUGUCAAACUGUCAUAACGCUUAAAGAUGUAAGCGACUUUAGCCAUUCUAACUUCCACGAGACUGAGCCGUUGAUUUAGCCACACCUUCUCUGUCCAAAACACAGCACCGAUAACGUUGAAACAAAUAAAAAGCUUGUUCUCACGGUUGUCAGACACAACAGUAGUGAAACAGCACCCUCAACUGACAAAUUAGUAUUCAGAAUAUGGCAUUAAGCCUCAAUAAUUUGCUACAACGACAACACUAUGAGAACGUGCAAAAUGAUUGACAGGCAUAGUGUCAGAGACCGAGGCCCGCGGACACAUUUUUGUUUGCUGUUUACAGAGUCUAGAGUUGUCAUAGCGACCUGCGAGAUAUAUUAUGACACUUAUUUCAGUAAUAACUUUUAGGGAGUAGGAGCGCUUACAGCACCUUUAAGGCAGCCGAUUUUAAUGUUUUGAAGUGUAGGAUUUGAGUGUUAAGGCGGAUGGGGGAUGCAGUGAUGCAGGCAAUGGACCAAGGAAAAUGUUUUGAUGGCGCAGGCAAAAAAGUAUUGCCAUGAAAGUAGUUCAUAAGAUUUUUACACUAUAUUUCACUAUAUUGGCACCAUUUUUUAAGUGGACACAAGCUUGAAUGAGAUUUGCAAUAAAGGGGAAGAUUGUCACUGACAAAGCUAUCAUAUGGCUUCAGAAGACUUGGAUAUAACGUACAAGCCGUAUGGGCUACUUUUAUGAGGCCUUUUGGAUCUUGGCAGUAUAAAAUAUCAUACACUUGCAAUGAAUGGAAAGGAGCAGUUCAGACAUUCUGCCUAACAUCUUAUUUAGUUUUCCAAGGAAGAAAAAAAAAAAGAGGUUGGACACAAUGAGUAAAUGUAAAAGUUUCCUUUUGGGAACUUGUGAACAUUGGUUGGUCCCAAAACAGUAAAUAGAAGAUGCCAGUAUAUGAAAUAUUGCUCUCCUGUAUUCCUUGCAAAAAUAUGACAAGAGAUCCUUGUUUUGCCCCUGAAAUAGUUUUUUUCUGACUGCAGUGUCUUUAAUUGAAUGUAUUGUGUAUACCUCAGUAAAGAUUUCCGACAGGUUUUUUAUUAUUAUUUAUCACAGUGUCGGUGUUCCAUGGCAUGCACCUCAUUUACAUCACGAGCGGCUCAAUAAAAAUUAAAUUCUCCCAUUAUAAUCAACGAUGCUGCCUACACUGCAAUCAAGCCAUGUAAUGUGACAAAGCUUGCAGCGAAGACAGUUUCGUUCAGAAAUAGGAGCAUUCUAGUGUUUGUGGUGUUGUAUAUCUUGCUUACUGUGAAGAUGGGGUGAUGGUAUGGCUGGCCUAAACUCCGAGAGGAACAGAGAAGGCCUGCCAUCCUGUAGAUAAAAAUUGUGCUUGUAUGUUUUUUGUUUGUUUGUUUUUUAUUAAUUCUGAUAUGAAAAUGGUGAAAAAAUAAA